AUGAAGCCGGAAAGAUCGCUGUCUUGCGAUUGGCUGUCGUGCUCACUGGGGUGGGUAUGGAACCAUCCGCGAAUGAAGAAUUUCCGCAAGGUCGCCUACAACUUCAAGAUGACGCUCGUCUGCGGCUUCAUCACCUUCCUCGUCUUCCGCGGCACCUUCGGCGCCGGCAAGUUCGGCACGCCGUUUCAGGAUGCCGAGAUUCUCAACCGCGAGCUCCGGUCCUUCCAGGAGAAGGGCCUCCUCAAGGUUCGUAGCGUCGUCUCAAAUAUCCAUCUCCCCUGUCCCCGCUGCCACGUGGCAGUCGCGGGAGAGCCAGCUGCUCUUCCUGCAGGACAAGUUGGUGGACCGAAACUCGCCGUACCGCGUCGGGCCCAACAUCACAGGUACGACCGAUACUGCCGGCUGGCUCCUGCUGCGCUCGUUGAGACUCUGUCGUUGCUGCACUUCCCGUCCCGCCAGUUCUUGCCCCCAUCCUCCUAUUCUCCGUCGAUAACCCGCCACGCUCUUCCCAAACCCCGCUCCCGUUCCGCUUGCCCCUUCCCUCUUCCCCCUCUGCUUCCCACCGCCUUCUUCCCCCAUGCGCCGAGCUCAUACCGCUCUCUCACUCCGCCGCAACCCACUAUGAUCUCCCUCCCUCCUUUCCCCCCCGUUCCCCCUUCCUGUCCCCCUCCUCCCCUUCUGUCCGCGCUUCUCCCCUCCCCCCCACUCACAGACUGGGACGAGCAGCGCGCGGAGCACAUAGCCUUGAAUCCCGGGUGUAACUCCACCAAUGACGGGCGGCCACGUGUCAUGAUCGUGUCGACUUCCCAGCCGAAGCCGUGCGAGCACAGCGUGGGCGACCAUUUCCAGCUCUUGUUCCUUAAAUCGAAGCUGGACUAUGCGCGUACGCACGGCAUGGUGGUAUACCACCACAUGGUCCGGCUGGACAAGGAGAUGAACGGCAUGUGGGAGAAGCUGCCGCUGCUGCGCCGGCUCAUGCUCGCGCACCCCGAUAUAGAGUGGUUCUGGUGGAUCGACUCGGACUCCAUUAUAACGGACAUGAAGUUCGAGCUGCCGUGGCGCAAGUACAAGGAUGUGAGCAUGGUGGUGCCGGGGUGGGACGACCUCGUGUACAAGCACCGCGACUGGGUGGGCCUCAGCACCGGAAGCUUCCUCCUGCGCAACAACCAGUGGUCGCUGGAUCUGCUCGCCAAGUGGGCCGCCAUGGGCGCGAGGGGCAGAGCCAGGGAGGAGGCGGGCAGAGUGCUGACGGCGCAGCUCAAGGGCCGGCCAGAGUUUGAGGCGGACGAUCAGUCGGCGCUGGUGUGGCUGCUGGUGAGCGGGAGGGAGCGGUGGGGCAGGCACGUGCACCUGGAGAGCAAGUUCUACCUGCACGGCUACUGGGUCAACCUGGUCAACAGGUUCGAGGAGAUGAUGGAGCGGUUCCAUGCUGGUUUCGGCGAUGACCGGUUUGAGGAGAUGAUGGAGCGGUUCCAUGCCGGCUUCGGUGACGACCGGUGGCCGUUUGUGACUCACUUCGUGGGGUGCAAGCCGUGCGGCAGCAUGGGCGAAUACGACGCUGCCAAGUGUCUCGUGCACAUGAAGCGCGCCGCUGUAUUCGCUGACAACCAGGUGAUAAAACCGUACGGAUUCACUCACCUGCACCUGAACAGCAGCGUUGUCGUUCCGCUGGUGAAUGUGACGACCCGGGCGUGGAUAGCUGAGACGCACUAUGAGAGGAAGCAGCAGCAGGUUGCUGAGAAGAGGAAGAAGCAGGCUGAGGAGAAGGAGAGGUUGGAGCAGGAGGCGAAGAGAAUGGCUGAGGAGCAGGAAAAGUGGAGGGAAGAGGAGGAGACGAGGAGGAAGGAGGAGGAGGCGUGGCGGGAGAAGGAGGACGAGAGGCAGAGGAAGAUUGAGGAGGGCAAGAGAAUCGAGGAGGCAAAGAUGGCAGCGGAGAGAGAAGCAAAGAAGAAGAAGCAGCAGGAGGGGCAGGAGCGGAAGGAGGGGAAGGCUCGGAAGGUUGCAGUGGGAGGGGCGGGACAAGGGAAGAACGGUGCAAAGGGAGCGGCUGCUGUUACUGUGAAGAAUGUGACUGUACCGAUUGGGAAGAAGGGUAUUCCGGAGAUUAUAGUGGAUGAGGAUGAGGAGGAGGAGGAGGAUGAGGAGGAGGAGAGUGUGCAGGACAGGAGGAAGAUUGGGCUGACUAAGGCUGUUAUGAGGCAGCAGCGAGCUGCUAUGGCCCGCGCUGUGGUUGCUGCUAGCGCUGAGGACGAGGAGGAACGGGAGGAGGAGGAGAGAGGGGGUGUGGAGAAGGGGGAUGAGAAGGGGAGUGCUGGGAGGAAACCGGAGAAGGAUGAGGAGGGUGAGGAUGAGGAGGAGGCGGAAGAGGAGAGGUUGGACAGGGAGAGGGAGAGGAGAACGAGUGUGAAGCUUGAUGCUAGUGAUGAGACUAGUGCAGCAAAGGAGGGUAGUGAGGAGAAUGAGGAGGGAGAUGAGAAGGGACGUAGUGAGAAGGGUGUUGGUUUGAGAUCAGUGCUUGAGGAUAGGGAGGAGGCACAGGAGGGAGAUGGUGCAACAGCAGAGGAAGCAGAGAAGGUGGGAUUGAGCAAUGAGGAGGAGAGGGGUGGUUUGAGAGGUGAGGAUGAAGGAGAGGAGAGGGGAGGUGAGGAGGUUGAUGAUGUGGAGUGA